AUGACCAUAAAAAAGGCCUCCACCCUCGGCCACCGCGGCGCAGCCCUUGCGUCCCAAGAGAGCAUCCGCGACAAAUUCGGAACCAUCCUCGCCGACCCCUACGACCCAGACACCAAUCCCAGCGGCUUCAUCAACAUCGGCACAGCCGAGAACUACAUCAUGCUAUCCGACGCGGCCGCAUUUGCCAACAAGCACAUCAACCUCUCCGCCAAGAACUUCAGCUACGGCGAAGGGCCCUGGGGCACUAAACGUCUCCGUCGAGCAAUGGCCGCUCACAUGACAAAAUAUUUCCACCCGCACCACCCCCUGCACGAAGACGACCUCCUCUUCGCAAACGGCUGCACCUCCCUCAUGGAGAUGCUAGCCUUCAGCCUCAUGGAUCCCGGCGACGGGAUCCUCCUGACCCGGCCGUGCUACACAGCCUUCGCGCUCGACUUCGGCACGAAAGCAGCCGUGCAGCCCGUCUUCGUUUCUUUCGGGGACGUAGACCAGUUCUCCACCGCCGCCAUUUCCUGCUACGAGGCCGCGCUGUCCCAAGCGAAAGAAGCAGGCAUCAAUGUGCGAGCGCUCAUGCUGUGUCAUCCGCACAACCCUCUGGGCCAGUGCUACCCCCGCAAGACGCUGGAGGCGCUCAUGGGGUUUUGUCAAAAGCACAGUAUUCAUCUGAUCGCGGACGAAAUCUACGCGCUCUCUGUGUACGACAUCCCCGGCGAUGAGGCGGCUGUGCCGUUCGAGAGCGUCAUGUCCUUCGACACCUCUUCGUACAUCUCAAGCGACUACCUGCACGUCAUGUAUGGGCUCUCCAAGGACACGGCCGCGGGCGGUCUGCGGCUCGGUGUGAUUUAUAUUAGGAACAAGGAGCUCAUGCGCGCCAUGAGCGCCGUGACGCAGUUUCAUUGGCCCGGGGCUGCGGACGAGAAGAUCGCGAUUGCGAUGCUUGAGCAUCGGGAGUGGAUGGCUGGGUUUUUGGAGACGUCGCGGAGGAGGUUGGCGGAGGGCAAUAAGCUGACUAGGAGCUUGUUGGGUGAGAUGGGGAUUCCGUUUCGGGCGGGUGCUAAUGCGGGAUUCUUCAUCUGGGCGGAUUUGAGGAAGUUCUUGAAGGACGAGAGUGGGGCGUGGCUGGAGGGCAGGGCGGACGGGUGGGAGGCGGAGAAGGUGCUGAGUAAGAACCUAAUCGAGGAGAAGGUGUUUAUUAUGGAUGGAGGGAGUCAGGCUGCGGAAGAGCCGGGGUUUUACAGGGUCAUCUUCUCGCACGAUGAGCGGACCAUGCGGGAGGGCUUGAGAAGAGUCGGGAAAGCGAUUGGGAAGAAAGAGGGGAAAUGA